UGGUCUCGUUUAUUUUUGUCUAAUUUAAGUAUAAAUUAAAAUGUGUCAAUUUAUUCCACUUUAUUUUAAAAAUAAUCCAGUUCGAUUCCGGCAUUUUAGAAGUUCAUAGACUGAACCACUCCAGCUGGUUUUAUGAAGAAAUGUGUUUGAGAUGCCUAAUUAAAUUAAUAAAUUUACAUAUGUAUUUAUAUUUCUCUUAUUCUCAUAAUUUGCCAAGAUUGCCUUAUUCCGAAGCCGACAGCGAAGGUGAUUGCGACACUGGCCAGUGUCAAGUUCUACGCGUCAUCAAGCUGAAACGCUAAAGUGAUUUGUGUUUAACACCAGUAAAACAAUAACAUUUAAAUAACGUACCUCUAAAAUGCAAUUAAGCGGCUCUAUAAAAGGCGUCGCAGCCGCAGAAAGUUGAAGCAGUCAUUUGCCAAAAGUGAUUCUGAAAACUUGAAACGGAAAUUAUUAAAAUGAUGGAUAAGAAAGCGUUCGCCUUGUCUCUAGCAUUCUGUUUGAGUUGCUUAUCCUGUUUAGUGCUUGCAUCUGAUCUGCCUGCUGGCAUUCAAAAAUGUUCAAUUAUGGAUGAAAAUUGCUUGAGAGACGGCAUGAACUAUGUCAUAAAGAAUUUUGCAAGGAAAGGCAUCAAGGAGCUUAACCUGGUGCAACUGGAUCCGCUGCUUAUUAAAAAGUUUAGUCUGGGCAAGAAUCCCAAGAGUCCUGUUAAUAUCGAUCUUACAUUCACCAAUGCUAACUUACUUGGGCUUGGCGAUGCACAAGUUAAGAAAGUCACACCUUUUAGUAAAGACUUAAGUCGUGAAAUUACUCUCGAAAUGAUGUCCCCAAGAAUCACGUUGACGGGUCCGUAUGUCAUUGACGGAAAAGUCUUGAUCUUGCCCAUUCGUGGCAAGGGAGAUGCUGAUAUAGUGCUGCAACAAUGCAAGGUCCACGCCGUUGUUAAACUGAGACCUGUCAGCAAGGGACCACAUCAGACGUUUGCUGAGGUGGUCGAGGUAAAGCUUUUCUUGGAUCCCUCACGUGUAACGUACAAAUUCACCGGCCUAUUCAAUGGCGAGAAGGCUCCAAGUGAGAACUUUCACGCUCUGGUCAACGAAAGCUGGCUGGAGGUAUUCAAUGAGUUAAAGGCUGACAUUUCCACAGCUAUGGGGUUAAUUUUCAAAUCGAUUCUGAAUCGAACUCUGGGCAAACUGCCGCUGGAACAGCUCUUUACAGGAGUUUAAGUUUGCAUUUGUUUGUUUUCUUAGUAAGUUUAUUUUAAUAAAUCGUUUUAAAUAAUUCAUA